ACAAUGCUUGCACCAACCCUGUACACAGCCGAUGGGUUGUGGUUCUGGUCUUGAUGGUUACGUGACGCCUUCCGAAGGUAACAGUCUUCAGAAGCAGGUUCUAAUUUCUUGUCAGGAGCUCGAGUUUAUUCAAAGACGGCUGCAAUAUCUAGAGACAGCUGUUCAGUCAGUCUACAACACUCUUCCCAAUCCUGUAGCGACAACUAAGCAAGCAUCUCAAGUUCAACCUACUAUUGCCCCUAGCUUAGGGUUGCCUGGGAAUCCGAGACUGGGAACGCCCUCUAAGGAAUGGCUUCUGCAGUUAGAGAACAAAGAGCCACUGUAGAAAUGGAGACUUUGACUGAUUUGAAGAGAGGUGAAGAUGUCACUCUUGCUAGUGUUGCUAGUAAGAGGCCACGUAGUGUUGAGGAAUGCUGGCAGCUUGUUGAUUUAACUUGUGGAGGACGUCAAGGUCGUAAACCUCCACCACCUAGAAGUGGAUGGAAAACUAUCAGACUGUUCGUGUCAUCAACUUUCAGUGAUUUUUACUCUGAAAGGGAAGCUCUCAUCAAAGAGGUGUUUCCAGACUUGAGAACGUGGUGUCAGUCAAGAAAGCUUCAUUUGGUUGAGUGUGAUCUCAGAUGGGUAAGUCUAAAUUAAUUAACAGUUUUUGUUAUGAAUGGGUAUUUCACAGUUAUUGAUGAGAGAUUGAGCACAGACAUUAGCCAUCACCUGUGUAGUUAAGAGAAGAUUUUUAAAUGAUAUAUAUAUAUAUAUAUA